UGUGCCAACGUCCUACAUAAAGAGGGUGGGACGGGGAGCCUGGGCAGCACAUACUGAGAGAGAGAUUGGGGUGAAAAAAAGGCAUCCAGAAAAAAAGAAGGACGACAUUAAAUACAGGACGAGACAUGGUGACCUUCGGACGAAUCGUUCCUGCAGUGUUCUGCCUGGCCAACCUUUGUGUUGCACUGUGUGUAGGAGCAGCGUUGAAGCCAGAUGUGGUGUUGGAGAACAGCGCUACCACACUGAACCAUUCAAUGGUGCUGGUGCAGCGCAUGGAGGCCCUGCUGACCCAGGGAAAAGGCAGUGACGUGAGCCUGCGCGUCCAGACCUUGAACACGGACGAGGUGAAGGUGAUGCAGGUCCACUCGCUGGUGUUGACCCUACAGAGCGACGUGUUUGAAGAGCUCCUACAGACCCGUAACUCCACCGCGAUGGUCCUCAGAGAGACGCCAGACUGUGCAGCUGUCUUUGAUAAGUUCAUUAGGUACUUGUACUGCGGUGACAUCACAGUGCGUCUGAACCAGGCCAUUCCUUUACACAAGCUCGCCAGCAAGUAUCAUGUGUGGGACCUCCAGCAGGGCCUCACCCAAUACAUGUCCCAGCACCUGUCCAGCGACUCGCCCACGGGUCACGCGGUGGCCUGGUACCAGUACGCCACGCAGAUCGGGGACGUGAGCCUGCAGAAAAGCUGCCUGCAGUACCUGUCCUGGAACCUGUCAUCGGUUCUCCAGAGCGCCGAGUGGAGCUCCAUGAGCCCAGAACUGAUGCUGUCUUUGCUGCAGCGCUCAGACCUGGUUCUCCAGAGCGAACUGGAGCUGUACGAAGCUCUGGAAGCCUGGAUCAACCAGAACCAGCCUUCAGGUGAGACGGCCGAGAACGCACUCAAAGCGAUACGUUACGCCAUGAUACCACCUCAACAUUUGUUCCACCUGCAAAAGAAGUCUUCUCUGAUGUUGAAAUAUAACGAAUCCGUACGCGAUCUGCUCUUCCUGGCCUUCCAGUUCCACUCGGCCUCACCCGUCCAGCUCGCGAAGUACUUCGACGUUAACUGCAGCCUCUUCACGCCACGUAACUACCUGUCGACGGCAUGGGGCGCCCCGUGGGUGAUCAACAACCCUACGCGGGACGACCGCAGCUUCAGCUUUCAGACUCAACUUGGGCCGAGCGGUUACGACGCCAGCAAACGAGUGACGUGGAACGCUCUUUUCUCUCCGCGCUGGCUUCCUCUCAGCGUGCGAUCCGCUUACACGGAGCAGGGGUCCCUGCAGCCCACUCGCACCGACGGGGGGCGUCCGCGGAUCAUCGUCACACCUGCCACCUCCAGCUCGGACUUUGCUGGCGUCAGCUUUCAAAAGACCGUCAUCGUUUCGGCACGCAAGCAGGGGAAGGUGGUGGUCCGUCAUGUCUACAACUUCCACCAGAGCACGGAGGAGGCCGGAGACUUUCUGUUGGAAGCGGACCUGCAGCGUAGAGCAUCCGAGUACCUCAUUGACAGCUCGCUCUACCUGCACAUUAUUGUGAAGCCCCUCUACCACAACCUCAUAGUAGCCAAAAAAUAAGAGUCUAGUUCCUCUACCAAUGAUGUAUGCGCUACAGCUUUGAAGGCAUGUUUUGCAUAUCCAAAUGCAUUUACAUUUAUGCAUUUGGCAGAUGCUUUUAUCUUGAACUGCACCACAUUUUGAUUUUACA